UUAAGGACAAAAUAAAAUAGUCCCUUAUUUUACUAGCAACCAAAAGUAAAAAACAACAUGUUAACAGCUUUCGGUUUAGAUGCUGAUGGAAGAUUUUUUAUCUGUGUCUGUUGCUCCUUGCUGGUACUCAUGCUGCAGUACAACGUUGCAAAAGUCUCGGGAGACAAUGCGGUGGCAACUGUUAAUGAUAUUUCCCAUAUUGGUGAUGAUUGUCAAGUGACGCCUGUUAUACAUGUGUUACAAUAUCCCGGUUGUGUGCCCAAACCCAUACCAUCAUUCGCCUGUGUAGGACGUUGUGCCAGUUACAUACAGGUCUCCGGCAGUAAAAUCUGGCAAAUGGAACGUUCUUGUAUGUGCUGUCAGGAAUCUGGCGAACGUGAAGCCGCCGUUUCUUUAUUCUGUCCCAAGGCUAAACAUGGUGAGCGUAAAUUUAAAAAGGUCUUAACUAAAGCUCCCUUGGAGUGUAUGUGCCGGCCUUGCACCUCCAUUGAGGAAUCCGGCAUUGUGCCACAGGAAAUUGCUGGCUAUUCCGAUGAAGGACCUUUAAAUAAUCAUUUCCGUCGCAUUGCGUUGCAGUAAAAUCUAUAACAGAUAUUUGUC